GCGUCGCGAUGUGUUGGUCGACAAAAUGAAAUUUCGCUGUUUACUGAGGGUUACCACCGAAAUCGGCUAACGUACGGUCAUAGUUGUUUGUUGGACAAAUACAGAAGUCACGUGGUAAAACUUGGAUAUUACUACAGCCAAAAGCGGAAACGAAGUGGAAUGCACUAAAGCUUACUGUUUCGUAGAAAAAGAUGACAAGAAAUGAAUGAGCACAGCUGUCCAAUACGAAUAAAGAUGAAGGAUACUGGGAGUGUUGUACAUGCAGCCAUGGUAAAGUACCGGUUUCACGAUCGAAUAUCUUAUGAGCUUCAACAAUUUUCCCUCGAAUUAUUACACCAAGAUGAACUUUUUACUGGAUAUGGCGUAUUUCCACUUAAUAACAGUUUAAUAAUUACUAUUUUUAGUGUAGUGAUGUUACGAACAAUGAUGUGUGGACAUUAAACAAUGAGUGUGUAGUUUUGCAGGUUACGUAAAGACAAAAAUUUAUUUAUUUCUCAGAAAAUAUUGGAGGACAUGAUUGGAUAUAAAAAUGUGUGGAGAAAAAAAAAAAUAAGUACAGAGAUAUAAUUCAAAAUUUUUGAUGAACAUGAUGAAAAAUUCGCAAUUUAUGAGUCAAUUUAAAUUCAUUCGGUUAUGUAACUAUUUUACAUAUAGUUGAAAUAUUUAUAUCGUUUUGAUUGAGUC